AUGUCGGAACAAGUUCCAGUUGAUCAGACUGCGGCUGCGAUUGCGCCCGAGAAGCGCGACGGAGUGGAAGUAGCUGAUAAGCCCGUGGAAGCUCCCGCGGCUAUCGUCGCAAGCAUCGAACCGACUGCAGCUACAGAAGAGCCCGUAAAGGAUGUUGUUGCCGCCCCUACUGCCACUACGGAGCCUGAAGUCGCAAAGCCCGAAGCCGCAAAGCCUGAUGAGCCUAAGGUCGAGAAGCCAGCUUACCUGAGUAAGACCCCGGCACUGGCCGAGUUGUUUGACCGUCUGCCAACCAUCCUUGCACAAACCGGACACAAUGAGAUGUGGGGUGUCAACUUGAAGGACAGCAAUGACAUCCCCACCGUCAACGUGUUGAUCAAGUUCCUGCGCGCAAACGAAUGCAACGCCCAGGCCGCCGAGACCCAGCUCACCAAGGCGCUUCAGUGGCGGAAGGAAGUGAACCCGCUGGCAUUGGCAGAGUCUGCGAGAUUCAGCACUGCCAAAUACGGAGGAUUGGGAUACCUUACCACCUUUGAGGAGAAUGGACGUCCUUUGGUCUUUACUUGGAAUAUCUACGGAGCCGUGAAGGAUAUCACCGCGACAUUCUCGGAUACUGAUGAAUUCGUGCAAUGGCGCGCUGCUCUCAUGGAACUCGCCGUGCAGGACCUCAAGAUGCAGGAUGCCACCGAGGUCAUUGACUAUGAUGGCGAGGAUCCCUACCAAAUGAUCCAAGUGCACGACUACAUGAACGUCAAAUUCUUCCGUAUGGAUCCGUCUGUCCGCGCCGCGACAAAGAAGGUUAUCGAAGUGUUCGCCACGGCAUACCCCGAGCUACUGCGAGAGAAGUUCUUCGUCAAUGUCCCUGCCAUCAUGGGCUGGAUGUUUACCGCCAUGAAGUAUGUCCUCAGCCGCAAUACCACUCGCAAGUUCCACCCCAUCACCAACGGUGUCAAUCUGGCGCGGGAAUUCUCUCCUUCGAUUGCCGAAAAGAUCCCUAAAUCUUAUGGCGGCAAGGGCCCGGAGUUGGCGGAAAAUGCCAGGUUCAUCCCUUUGACCGAAGACAAAGUGGCCGUUUCAGACACGGGCAAAUCUGCUGAGGUGCCUACUGCUGCUGCGGUGCCUAUUACUGCUGAUUCACCGAAGGAACAAACGACCUUGAUGGAAGGAAACUCGAAGGCGGAGGUCGUCAAGGAAUCCCAGGAUGAGGCUGCCAAGGGUGCUGCUCAGGAGCCCACCAAAGCGGACUUCCCCAACGCUGAGUCUCUGAAGGAAGAUCCUGCGAAGGAUGGAGCCCAGUAA